GAAGGAGGAAGAGAGGAGGGAUAGUGAAGGAAGAGGAAGAGAGGGAGAGGGAGAGAGGUGUAAAGAGGGAGAGGGAGUCGCGGUCCGGGGGGGAGGGGAGGGGUGUUGACGACCACCUGUAUGGCGUUGUCUGGGCAGCGAUUGUGACUGUGGGCUGGGCUGGACAGGAGAGGGGAUUAACCCGUGGUUUGAGAGGAACUGGGGUGAGAGGAAGCACCUUGAGAAGAGGCGACGUUUUAACGCAGAAACCCUGCGUCUGGUGGAUGGGGUUCUGAAAGUGGUGGUGGGCGGAAGAGAGCAGAAGAUGGCCGCCGUGGUGCCGGGUCACUUCCUGGACGCGAUGUACGGCGGCGUGGACCCCAACAUCACGGGCAACGGCGGGCCGGAGUGCGCCGCCUUCCUCUCCGCCCGGCAGCGAGCCCUGGAAACGGCGCUCAUGGUGGCCGUCUCCCUGCUCCAAAUCGUCCUGGCCUGCGAGAAGAUCGGAGCCGGCUUCUGGGAACGCCGGGAACCGGCCGGGAGUCCCUCGGAUCACCCACAAACUCUGGGCAAGAACCUGUUGCAGGCCGCCCUGUGCUUGACCUUUGGAUUGGAGAUUGGGUUCAAGUGCGCUUCGAAAACGCUCAUCUACUUACUGAAUCCUUGCCACGUCCUCACGGCCCUGCAGUUUUUCCUGCAUCUAACCUGUCCAGCGUGUCAUUCUUGGCGUGUUUCCUUCCGCAGGUUACAUGUGCACAUGUUGAACGGACCUCUUCUGGCCCUUGUCUUCCCCGUGCUCAACACCAGGCUGCUGCCCUUUGAAACGGAGGUAUAUUAUAUCCAGCAUGUCCUCAUGUAUGUUGUUCCGUUUUACCUGCUCAACAGAGGCGGUGUAUACAAGCCAGAGCCUUUGGGAGACUUCAAGUGGGCAGUAUUGGCUACAGGACUGCUCUUUCUCUACCACUAUACCAUCCUUCAGGCCCUGGCCCUGGUGACGAUGGUGAACCUGAACAGCAUGCUGUGCCCGGCUGUGUCCGACCCCUUCCACGGGCCCUUCUACCGGAUGUGGGCGUCCCUGCACCAAACGGCCCUGCUGAUGGUCCACGGCAAGCUGCUGACUCUCCUCUCCCUCGCCCUGCCCACCCUGGCCCGGGGACUCAGACACGGGCACAAGCUGGAGUGAGCGAGUGGGAGUGUGCUGGCAAACGCCAGCCGGUGGACAGAGGGCGAGAGGGGGAGAGGGAGGGAGAGAGAGAGAGAGAGAGAGAGAGAGAGACGCCCUCGCGGGUGGAAGGGGACGCAGCCAGAGCUGUGGACGGCACUUCUGUUCCGUCCCCGUUCCCCCCGCACGCCCACGGUGACCACACGGACCCUUCGCUACGGAGCCACAAUGUGGGUGGGGCACAGCAACGCAGCACUCUCUCACACGCAGGAGAGAGAACAGAGGUACAGGCACACACACCCCACACGCACACACGCACGCACACACACACACACACACACACACACCCCACACACACACACACAC